CACGACAGAAAGCAGCAGCGCUCCUCCUCGGCUAUAUAGGCAGAGAGACGCCACAAUAAGCAAGCAAAGGCUGCCAGAGGGUAGAGAGGAGCGCACAGGCAAUCCACGUCCAUCUGCCAGCCACUUAGGACCGCACCGCGUUCACAGUCCGGAUUUCGGCACAGCUGUCCCGCUAAUACUACCAGGAAAAUGUCUGCCCCAGCCGGAGCUCCUGCACCAGAGGGAGGGAAUCAGCCCCCCAACCUCACCAGCAACCGCCGUCUGCAGCAGACACAGGCACAAGUGGAUGAGGUGGUGGAUAUCAUGCGUGUAAACGUGGAUAAGGUUCUGGAGCGUGAUCAGAAGCUGUCAGAACUGGACGACAGGGCCGAUGCCCUGCAGGCUGGAGCCUCUCAGUUUGAGACCAGUGCUGCAAAACUGAAGAAUAAAUACUGGUGGAAAAAUGCCAAGAUGAUGAUUAUCCUGGGUGUGAUAUGCGUGAUUGUCCUCAUCGUCAUUAUUGUGUACUUCAGCACCUAAGAAGAGUUGCUCCUACCCCAGUCUGACCCCAACUUCCUUGCUACAGAAAAAAAACAAACAAAACCCUCAAAUUGAAGACAAAAUUAACCACAGAUUAAUUUAUUAUAUAUAAAUAUAUAUAUAUAAAAAGCUCCCCGAUUAGCCUCGAUAUAACACCCCUAAACCCUUCAGGGCCCCAUGGCUCCCCCACUUCCACCACCUUGCCUCUGGACCCCUGUCAAUAUUUGUCCUGUGAGUGUGUGGCCCUGUCUCCUUUCUGGGUACUCUUGGCUUUUCUAACCUGCCAUACCGAGAACCAAACACUUGUGACGAUGCAACAACAGAAAAGGAAACACCGAUUGGCGAUAAUUGUUACAUAACUGAUAUAUAUAUAGUUCUUUGUAGAGUUUUAUUCUGAUAUAUAUAUACUGUUUUGUAGGUGUGCGUGCGUGUGCGUGCGUGUGCAUUUUGUACUUUUUAUUUUUUGUAUUAAUUUUACGUAUGCUUCAGCGUUAACUACUGCCUAUUAAUCGGAAGUGUGUAUCUUGCAUGUGCUCAUCAUCCGUCCGUCCCCGGCUGAUUCUCUCUUUUUGGUGUGUUUUUUUUUUUUUUGCACAGUGGAGUUCGUCUCCAUCUAACUCCUGGAAUUGAUUUUCAUGUGCGUUAUCCACUGAGAAAGUCCAAAAAUAAUAAGAAGCCACAGAGCUAAAACUUGUGCGUUAUCAAGUUACAGAAAUUGGAGUUAUUCCACCAACAGGUUACUCCUGGUUCAACUUUCUCUAACUUGAUACCAUCCAACAAAAACAAAAAAAAAACAAGUCUUAGCUUCUUUGAUGGCUUUUUGAGAGAGUUAUUGCUCACUGAUCCUGAUCAAAACACACAAAUAAUGCAUGAAUUGUGAAAGAAAUAAUCCUC